CGUAGUUGAGCUUGUCUAUUGCACCGCGUGUUCUCGCGUUCCAGUAUGUAUGUUUAUAAAUAGGAUAUUCUCGGUUGGAGAACGCGAGCUCUGCAGCCAGAUUUAGAUAGUUUGGAAGAGAACUCAAGCUAAAUAUAACCGUGAUGUAGAUCGUUUGGCCGAUUCAACGUGUGCCGCUUGUUGGCUCUCAGUGGAUUUCAGUGGAGCGCGAAUCACGACGUGCUCGCCAAAAAGUGUUUUGUGACAAUGGGUGAUAUAUCGGAGUCAAUUCAAAAAUGCGUUCUCAUUCUGAAGUCCGCGAAAACCGACACAGAAAAGUUCGCCGCGCUUUUCAUGGUGACUAAACUAGUGAAGGCGAAAGACUGCAAGGCGAACGCGAAGAAGGCGCUGUUUGAAGCUAUCGGGUUCGGAUUCCUGAAGAAACUGCUGACCUGCACCUUAGAAGAUGACUGCCCGCCCUCAGUGUAUAAGUCAGUGGCACUCUCGGUUCUUACAUGCUUCUGCAAUGAGCCGGAGCUUGCCACACAUCCGGAAAUGCUGGCUAACAUACCCGUGUUCCUGGACAUAGUGCAGACUUCUGAUGACUCGGACUAUGAUGACAACCUCAUCAUCAUCAGUGAAGCAUACACAUGUCUACAGUGCAUCGCUGAGCAUGAAGCGGGUCAGAAGGCUCUGAUUGAAGUGGGUGCUAUAACUAAGAUGUCUGAAAUCUAUUCACAUCAAAGUUUCCAAACAGAUGAAGCCCUUAACAUCCUUGUGAAAUUGGUAAGCAGAUACGGCCCCGCUGCUUGGGGUAAUGACCCUAAACCGUUCCAUGCAUUAGUCAACAAAAUAGCAUUAGAUUUUGCUACCGAUCAAUCAGAAAGGAAGUUUGAGUUGGCUACUAUAUUGAGUGCAUUGAUAUACAGUUGCAACAAAAGCACUGUUAUACCUGGAUCUUCAGAGGAAAAUUGGCCAAUGAGCAUUUACAGAGCUCUGCAUGACAUCUUGACUAGCAAGAUCGGGAAAAACCAGAGAGAUCCCGCUUUGAAACUAGCAGCGAACAUUGUGGAUUUACUUGGAAUUGAGUGGACGUUCAACGAUGAUGAGAAUCCUAAGAAGUUCUUCCUGUUGUUGCUUCAGUUGUGCGCUAUUGAAGUCAGAAUGCAACUAGACGACAGAAGUUUUAAGCAAGCCUUUGCCAAUGCUGACUUAAUCACUGCUUGCUUUAUUGUACUGGAAUUAUCCAUCAACUACAUGGCUACGGACCAGCUGGACUUGGAACAGAAAGAGAAACAGUCCGUCUACACAAGCCUUAAGGGAGCCUUUAAUGCUGUUGUCUCACAAUUGGGUAAAGUAUCCAAUGACAAGAACAGGGACAAGUUACCUGAUGCUGAAAAGGUGUAUGUUUGUGCCAUGGUCAGAGUACUAUUUGCCUGGAUUGCACAGGAAACUACAGCUAUGCGUGAGCAAAUAUAUGCACUACUCCCAUUCAUGUUCCAACUUGCCAAUGACUCGUUCCAUGCUUACCGAUCAAGGAAACUAGCUGAGAAGAACCAAUCAGAUGGAGAAGGAAUGGACAUGGACACAACACUAAUGGGUCAAGUUGAUUUACUCCGUUUAAUGUUACCGGCUCUCUGUCAUUUGGCUGUAGAAGACAAAGCCAGAGAUAUCCUGUUCAACUUGAAACAGGAAGAUAUCCUCUAUGAGGCCAUGAGCUUCCAUUGGUCAAUAGUUCACUACAAGAAACCUCCAGUACCAAAGUCAGAACGCUUGAAAGUUAAAACUCAACCCGAGGCUGAAAUAGACCCUAAAGUAUUAGAAGACAUGAAGGACUCCCGAGCUGCCAUGGUCAGCCUGUGCAACAUAUUCAUGAACCUUACAGUACUAGCACCUAAAAUUGUAGACACCAGUGUCCUGUUCAACACUUUGCUGAAGUUUAUCUUCAACAACUUACCAGAGCUGAAACAAAUUCCUGAAAACUUGGUUUUGCAUGGUCAUUUAGCUGUCCUAGGCCUCCUUUUACUGAAACAGCAAGCUAGUAAGGUAAAAAAGAAUGACUUCUCCAUUUGCAGAUAUAUUCAGUCUACGAUUCGGUUCCUCUGGGACGCUUACAAUGUUGACGAGUCUAAUGAUCCCACUGCUCUUGUUGUGUCCAUGAGUUACAAAGAAAACUGGAGUGAAAUUGCUGAUCUAUGGUUCCUUGGUAUGCAAACCAUGAGUGGAGUGCUAACUAUUGUACCAUGGAUCUCAGAGUUUGCCAUUGAGAGUGGGUGGGCUGAGGGCAUUGCUGAAAUGCUGGCUAAGGUUAAAGUUGGAACACUUCCUCCCAAUGUCAAAUCUGCAUUUGAGGACUUCCUUUGCAGACUAGUGGACUCAAAUGAAGGUGCUAUCCCAGUCCUUAAGAAAGGAGGUGCACUGAAAAUGUGCAGAAACCACCGAUUAAUGGAUUUAGGCAAGAAAUUGUUUGGAGACUAAGUAGAUAGAAUAUUUAUGAUAAUUUGUCAUACAUUUUUAUACUAAUGGUACUUAAUUUUGAGUUGUGAAACUUGUGAAUUUAACGCCAGUCUUCUUUAUCUUUCCAUCUUCCUUAGUACAUAAAACUAUGUAAAAA